ACAGAACAAGCCCAGCAAAUGACAACACGCAAACAAGAACGAAAUCUAGAACAUCGCGAGCACCGCCACAGCAAUUAUCCGCGCGACGAGUACUUCCGCACGCGGUACGGGUAUCCCCGCAGGCCCUUGUACAGCGGUGCACGCGAAUCGGUGCGUGCACGGUAUCUGCCCGAGGGAGGUACCGGCGGAUACGAGGAGCGCUCUUACAGGAGAAGGUACGAUGACAGGUUGUACGACAGGAGCAGGGAAAGGCCGUAUGACAGGCCCGAGCGCAUGUUUGACAGGCAUGGUAGCAGAGGAUCUUUUAGAAGAGGUGGUAGCAGAGAAAAAAUUCCCACGAUCGAAGUGAUGGAUGCACAGAUGAAGCGGUACAUGGCAGGUGAGAAGAUCGAUGCAGGGUAUGAGAAGUUGUGAUGAUUAUAAAAACGUUUUCAAGUAACUCCGCUCUUUGAGCCCUUCGUAAGUCGUGGUGCGAUGGGGUAUUGGGCCGUGUGCAGGGUCCUUCUCGUUUUAAGGACACGGUAUGGCCGCACUCCUCGUUGCAGCGGAGCUUCUCCUCGGUGUUUAUGCACAGUUCGUUUUUCUUUUCUUGUUUAUAACGCGGAGGUGUGCGUUGCUCUCUUGGUGCAUCGCUGUUCAUUUCCAAUACGGGUGCUGAUCAAGCACGUAGC